AUGAUUCAACAGUAUGGUGGAAGCUGUCUGAGUGAAAGGAAAGUGUACCAGAAGGUAGAGAGAUUUCAAGAAGGCCAAACAUCUAUGACUGAUGAACAUCGCUCAGGUCACCCAUGCACAACCGUCAGUGAUGCAAAUGUUGCUCACAUGGACGCAUUUAUUGGUGAAAACAGGUGGGUGCUGAGACAAGUGACUGAUGAACACAAAUUGAAGAAUGUGUUGAGUUUCAGAGCUUUCAUGACAUGCUACCAUGCUGAGGGUGAAGAGUUUCUUGUGCACACUUUCAUGGGGGAUGAAACCUGGGUUCAUUAUUAUGAACCAGAAUCCAAAAGACAAUCAAUGGAAUGGCAACACACAUCCUCUCCCUCCAAGAAAAAGUUCAAGUUGGUACCAUCUGCCAGAAAACUUAUGCUAACAUUGUUCUGGGAUAUGGAUGGACCAACUCUUGAAUACUAUCAAGAGAAAGGACAGUCAGUCAACAGUUUAAGGUACAGCACCAUGCUAGAAGAAAAAACUGAAGCCUGCAAUUCACAGUCAUUGUCACAGACUUCUGUCCGAAGGCAUCCUCCUUCUCCAGCAUGA